GGUUGCAGCAGGCACAGGCAAACCCCGAAAAGCAAAAACUGUUUAUUGUUUUGAGCAGGAGUCAAAAUUCACACUUCCACUCCUGUAGCUGAGUUUUCCCAGACACAGAGGAGAGGGAGAGGCAUGAGACCAGGUCCCAGUGGCUCUCUCUGCUUUAGACAGUGACGGUUUGUGAGAAUCUGCAGAGGUGUCACUUCACACCUCCGUGGCCUGGCCUGGCCUGGACUUAUAAAAACCAGUGCAACGGAGCUGAGCAGCAUUCACAGCCUCCUAGUCUCUCCAGUCAGACCACAGAGUCCCUCCGACACAACAUGGAUACCUCUGUGCUCAACUACGGCCUGCAGUACCAGUGGUGCUCCGACACGGACCUCUCCAGCAUCUCCUCUUCAGAGACCCUCUCCCCAGUCCCCUCUAUGGACUCCAGCCUCUCUCCGUCCUACCAGCAGCUGCCACAGUCCACUCCUAAGACCGGAUACUCCCAGACCCUCAAAUCCUGCUCCCUGUCCGGACGCGGCCGGAAGACGGGCCGAGGCACCCGGAUGCGCAGCAAGCAGAGGGAGAGCGCCAGCGAGAAGGAGAAAAUGAGGAUGAGGGAUCUGACCAAGGCCCUGCAUCACCUCAGGUCCUACCUGCCGCCCUCCGUGGCCCCCGCCGGACAGACCCUGACCAAGAUAGAGACCCUGCGUCUCACCAUCCGCUACAUCUCCUACCUGUCGGCCCAGCUGGGCCUCAGCGAGGAGGCGCUGUUUCAGAGGAAGGAGCAAGGAGACACCUCGGCCAGCGACACCUCCUUGCCCGACAUCCUCAGCUACUUCCAGCACGGCUCCAUGGGAGAACAGGAGGCCCAGCUGCAGCACCAGAGCCUGAACCAGAGUCUGUACCCAGCCCAGUGUCACAGCCAGAGCCCUGUGCUGCAUUCUGGGAGCUGUAGUUUUGGAGUGGAUCAGUACAGCAGGCAGUACUUUGAAGCUCCUCAGGGAGACAUGAGCAUGGAUGGCAUGCUGCAGUCAGCAACACAGCCCUGCUGUCAGAUGUGCGGCAACGACUUCUGCAUGCCGCUGGUUCCCAGAGAGUAUUGGGGUUGAACAUCAUCAUCAUCAUCAUCAUCAUCAUCAUCAUCAUCCAACAACAGACACAAACUACUCCUCUGUUUGUACUGCCUCACUGUGAAACGACUAAUUUAUUUUAAAUAUAUAUGCUAUUCUACAUUUUUAUUUUUAUUUUAUUUAUUUUGUUAAAAUGUUCUAUGUAAAUAUUGA